AUGAUCCGAGAUACACUCAUUUUCGACCGACAUUUGCAAAUAUGUGCCAUUAUAACCCGAAUUGGCCAACCAACAGACUCUCCCCAUCGAGAGACUAGAGCCGUGUACGACGUUUCAGAUACAUUCUGCCCAAUUCAGCAACCAAGUACUCACCACUGA